GCUGGCUGUCAAAAAGCACAAGGAUCAGUCAGUCUGUAAGCAACGGUGUGAAAGGUAGGUCGUGUCCUGGUGAGGUGCGUCUAACAACUGCAAUUUUGCCAAGCGUGAACGAGUACCGUGAAUACAAACGCUGCAAGCUUGGCGGGAUUUCUGUUAGAGAAGGGGAAUCUGCUCAUCGGGCAUCCAGUGACAGGGCAUAUUUGUGGAUUACCUGGAUCCGAAACUGCUUCCCAAAUCUCACGCGAGCCAUCAGGUAAUCAACAGACUGCAGCUACUGACAUCCACACCACCUCAGUGUUGAUGACCCUCAUCGCGCCUUUUCUCAGCCGUUGAUCUGGAGAUUUACACACAGGCCGGAUAAUUAUUGAAGAAGAGUCUGCUGUUUUGUGAAGGGACACAAACUCGAUCCGAACAUCAAAAAAAAAAAAUAGAUAAAGACCGUGUAAAGAUAACAAAAAUGGAAGGUAAGAAAGAUACAACUUUGACAAAGAUCUUCGUUGGAGGACUGCCCUUCCACACGAACAAUGAGAAGCUACGGGAGUACUUUGAGCCGUUCGGAGAGAUCGAGGAAGCCGUUGUCAUCACGGACAGGAACUCUGGAAAAAGCAAAGGAUACGGCUUUGUAACGAUGGCAACCAAGGAUGCGGCGAGGUUAGCAUGCGCGGACGCGAACCCAAUCAUCGAUGGGCGGAAGGCCAACGUCAAUCUGGCCAUAAUUGGUGCCAAGCCAAGGAACAACGCUACACAAAACACAGAGCAGAUCCAGUUAGCCAUCGCCAGACAACAGCAGGUCAACUUAGCCCAUCACCAUGCUGGCCACGCGAUACCCGCCAUUUCCACUCCAUUUGGGAAUGGUACUAUUUACUAUGAUGACAUAGCUACAAAGGCACAGGGACAAGGAAGGUUGGCUACCCAGUACAUCUACCCUCAGUACUAUGUCGCCCAUCCGUCCAUAACCUACCAGCAUCAAAACCAGGGCUACCUGGACUACUCCACAGCCUAUGCCUACCACCAGCACCUAAACACGGCCGGGGUGGACCCCUACACAUAUGCCGCUGGCCAGGGGGCAUAUGUCCCACCCUCCCCCACCAGUACCACCUUCCAGUACCAAGUGCCCCAGUCUGGUCAGCCUGCCAUCCCACCCGCUGCUCUGCCGGUGAGCACUGCCAACAUCUACCAGGCCCAGUUCCCGGCAGCCCAAACCGCCCAGCCAGUCUGUGAGAGAAUGUAGUACACAAACGAUGUAAAACAGAAGAGAAGCAAAGAGAGAGACUUAGAAGCCAGUCUACCAUCCAUAGAAUUCAAAAUUUCUGUUGUUGUCAAAGAAGUGUUAAUGCAAUAUAUGAAACGUGAUCAGAAAAGGCUCACAGGAGGUGUCGUUAUAAAGCCACCGCAAUAAUUUCCCAACGAAUUGCAAAUCUCUGUUUGAAAGAUGUAUAGAAUCAGUGGCAUGUUUGAAGGCUAUGGAUGGGGGACAGCGUAUGUACAUGUAGUGGUGGUCUGUCACUGUAUAAGACGCAAUUAAUAAAUAAGCACGGCCCAUGUUGUCAAUAUACUGAGAGAAAUCUUGGAGAACAAUACAAAGAAUGCCGCAUGGUCAUUUGAUUUUUUGAACAAAUUUUGGGCAGGAGACACUUCAGUGUGAAAGUGAGCUUCAGUUUCAUUUUCUUAAAUAUUCAAUGAAGAAGUUUUCUUAUCCCAAUUAGCUCUGAUUCAGACAGUAUCUUGAAAGGGUUUGAAAAUACUGGCUGGGUUUGCAAUUGAAAAAGUUCACAGAUGUCAAGCUCCUCAUUGAUGAAAUGUAUUGCAAACAUCUUAUCCCACAAUAUUUCAAAGCACUCUGGCUUUAGACAUCAUUGGCAGAAGUAUGUGGAUCUGGUAACAAAACUGUUACAUGUAAAUUGUCUUUCAUUCACCAAUCAGUGGUUGGACAAUUUAUGCAUAUUCAUAUAUAUUCAAAUUGAAAUAUUCAUGAAUAAUUUAAGAAAAGGAUGUAUAAUUUAAUGUGUGUUUAAAGUGACAAAUUGCUGCAUUUAAGAAUGCAAAUCUAUGCAAGAAAAUAUUCAAGAGAACAUGGAAGAUGACAACAAAAGUGCCUUUGUGUAUAAAGAAAUUCUUAAAAUGAGAUAUAUUCACUUGAACUAAAGUAGCAGCGUAAAGCAAGAAGCAAGAAUGAACAUAACAGAAAUCUGUGGCGUUUCCAAAACUCUUCAGAGAUUUAGCUCUUAACCAAUCUGCUGUUUCAGAGAUGGCUCCCUCAAAAGUGAAUAUGUCUCAUUGACUCAUUAGCAGACUAUAUUUUAUGCUGAAGUGUACUUACUUGAAUCCGAGCCACUAAGCAUACAUAUUCAUACGAAAGUUAAUACUGUGUUGAUUAAGUUAGAAACAUGAGUAAUUCAUCAAGACAGUAUUUUGAUAUUUGGUAGACAAUCUACUAUUGAUGAAAACCAGCCAUGCAAAUAAGUUAGAGGGUAUUGGUUAACACUAGCUAGAGGGUAGACAUUCAGAAUAUUACAAUGUAGUUUUCAGCUAUAAAUUAUAUAUUACAUAGAGGUACAAAUAUCAAGGGUAAAAAUCUAUCUUGUAUUAUUAUUGUUCGUACUGUUGUUAUAUAUUAAAUUCUUUUAAAAGCAAAGUUUAAAUGUAUAAAUGAUUAUGAUGCUUAAUUCAAAUGUAUUAACUUAAAAUUUUUGUUUUAAUUUAAUGCUUUGUUUUAAGCCCAUGCAAAACAAUCCGUCCAUUUUUUAAUGUAGGUUUUUUUUUAAUUAAGCUAUCAUUAUAGCAUUAAUUAAUAUUUAUAACUAGCUGGCACUAGCGGCUAAAUGUAGAGGUAGAUUAAGUAAGGUCUUCUUUCUUUUUCUAUUAAUUUGCUGCCAAAUGUUUUUAUUCUUUCUGUAGAAAUAUUUUGUACAUUUCAUUUUGUUUACAUUAAUUUGGCACCUACAAAAUUAACGUAGUAGAUAGUAAUUGACAUGUCUAUAGUUGCCUGUUUCUUCUAUUUGUCUUCCAUCGACUUUGUGCCUUUGCUUGGAAAAUCUGCGAUACAUGUACAUGGGAACGCGUGGCUGCAUUCCUUUGAAGUUUAAACAUGUAGUACCUCUGUGGUACAUAACUUCUCGGGAAAGAUGCCUGUGACACAUACGAAUCUGUUGUUCUUUCAAUGAUCUUAACACAUCAUUAUGCUAUCACUUUUGCAUAUUGAUCUGGCAGUAAAUGAAUAAUGCUCGUCAUAUGCUAAGAAUGUUUGCGUGGAAAUUCGUUCAGAAAUCCGAGACAAAAAAGACCUGGUGUUGCGACCCAGGUUAAAAUUGUUGGCAACGAAUGUAGAGAUGUAGAUUCUGAAGACGUUGAAAUGGCGUCAUGAUACGUUCUGUAGAAUUUUCGAAUGUCUCAGCAAUUUGAUGUAUUUAUUUUUCACAACAUGUACAUGUAUAUCGUGCUAUUUAUUGACAGGCAGCUAUAUUAUUUCACUCCUUUAAAUUUUUGGUCUUCAAUGCAGACAAAUUAACAUUGGUCAACUUGUACCUGAAAUACGUUUUAUUCCCACUGUCCGACUUUCUGCGCAUGUGUGUUUUGCACUGCAGAAUAUCUACCAAAACAGCUUUAACCCAUAUUUCCCCCGUUUUUAUGAUCAACUUUCUAGUGGGUUGUUAAAAGAAUUAGAUGACGUUCAGUCAAAAAGGCAUGCACGUGCUCUGUUUAGCUCUUCAGCACUCCUUUCACGGUUCAAUGCUUAAAUCCUGACACAUAGCACUUUUUACUUGCUACAACACAUGGUAACUCUGUGCUUCUAUAGUGAUCAAUUUUAAUUUGUACUCUUAGAAGCCACUGUGCAUGUACAUUUCUAUAUACUAUAUAUACUGUUCGCCAUGAUAGUAGCGUAGAACAAGAACCACCGUAGAAUGCACUCGAGGUAAUUAAGUAAAAGUUAUAAACGCUUGUAGAUUAGAGAUGAAUUAGAGUAAGCAUUCAAUGAAAUUUGUAGCUAUACGGCCAAAGAGCUUGUAAAAUUGUAGACGUCCUUUGUACAAAGAAAUAUAAGGAAACAAAAAUCGCAUGGACUCGUAGUUUAUGUAUACAUGCCUUCUUAAAGGGGAAAGCGACAAUAAUAUCGAAUAUUUUCAUUAAAUUAUAAUUAUUGUUGUAUCACUGAUGAUUGCGGACUUGUGGUUUUAGAUAAUGUUUAGGCAACAACACGAUUGUGUUAAUUAGUCAAAAGGGGCAUUGUGAGGCAAAAGAGGGGCAGAAAAAAUCGAGGAAUGAUGUGCAGAAAUACCAAUAGGCCUACGUAACGUAGACGCAAAAGACAAAAUCUGAGCGGUUUAACUGUAACUAUAGUAACCGUCGUCGAAAGCAUGCGGGGUCUGUUUGGCUUUCCAGCGUCCGUUUUGCUGGCUUUGGCACGUCGAACCAAACUUUCCGUGCCGUCUCGGAGCUCAAACGUAAAUUGUCAACUGUAAGUGGAAGAAAUCACUGCUGACAAAUGCCCCGAACAGAAAUUAUGGAGUCCAAAAAAUCCCCCCCUCCCGCCGUUACUUUCUCAUCAUGUAUGCAACUGUCGGCCGUUUUUAUGAUCGUUCCCGUGAGAUGCGUCGGCUGGGUGUAAAGUCGGCACGGAAAGCGUCAAGGUUAUUGCUAAUUACAGGUGAAAAACGUGAUUUCCACCCCAUGAUUGCUCUACGUUGCGAGUUAUUGCAGAAGUUAAUAGUUGAUUGUUCAAGGUAUUUCUGCUGAAUGGGCCAGGCACAGUUACUCUAUGCCAACGCUUCCCGCUCAAGUCGUGAGGAUUUGCCUAUCGUCAAGAUGUACAUUGUUUUAUUGAACAGUCACACACUGCUUCAUUCCAGAACAGAAGCGCACACUUAACGAAGGGAUUUAAUAUUUAGAUUGUUGGUUUCCCUGACUUUUUUAGAACUUCAAGUUCAUUGCCAAGACAGGAGAUUCGGAGCUGCCAUUUUAAUAGCUUCCUUCAUGUUAUUAGCGUAGAAGUAAACAUGUCCGAUUAUUAUUAUUAUUGUUAUUUUAAUGAAUCAGUGUUUCCAUUUGAAUUGAGGGAACUGACAAUAAAUUCCUCCGGAGCGAUCAGUGUACAGAAUAAAAUGAACUGAAAUGUGUCAA